CGGCCCAGCCGGCGGGGCUGCGGCCCGGGACAGCGGGCGCCCGGGACCUGCGCUGACUCCGCCCGGGGAAGUUUCCUGACACUGGGAAGGCUUGGUUCCCCCAAGAAGCAGUUUCUGGUAGAAGUCUGAAGGUAAUUUGAAAGAAAAAAAGAAAUCCAGUAUAGUCAAUGAAUUAAGGAUAAGAAGGUUUCCAAUCAGUCCCUGCUAUGUGGAUAUUUGUUAGCAAUGACUGAUGUGGAAACUACAUAUGCAGAUUUUAUUGCUUCAGGAAGAACAGGUAGAAGAAAUGCAAUACAUGAUAUCCUGGUUUCCUCUGCAAGUGGCAACAGCAAUGAAUUAGCUUUGAAAUUAGCAGGUCUUGAUAUCAACAAGACAGAAGGUGAAGAAGAUGCACAGCGAAAUUCCACAGAACAAAGUGGGGAAGCCCAGGGGGAAGCAGCAAAAUCUGAAAGCUAACACCCCACUUUGACCUUCAGCAACACCUGACAAUGUCUCAAAUCUCCAGACAUGGCUGGAAUGCAUUUGUUUCCAUGAGUGAAAAGGGGAAAAAGAAAAUGGCUGUGCUGCAUUACAGG